AUGGUCUUAGACAAAGCACCGCUGAGUGUGCACCAUGGCACCAUGACGAAAGGCUUUGAGGAGAUCAAUCCAGCUGCCAACGCCGCUGAUGACACAUCGGCUCCCCCAACAGGUGAAUAUGUGAAGCACAUCAGUGAGACGUGUUGUCAGGCCCAGCAGGUUGAGGGAAGGGGAUGCAGAGCACAGCACCUCUCCAACCUCUCAAACAUCUCCAACAUCUCCAACAUCUCAAACAUCUCCAACAUCUCAAACAUCUCAAACAUCUCCAACAUCUCAAACAUCUCAAACAUCUCCAACAUCUCCAACAUCUCAAACAUCUCCAACAUCUCAAACAUCUCAAACAUCUCCAACAUCUCCAACAUCUCCAACAUCUCCAACAUCUCCAACAUCUCCAACAUCUCAAACAUCUCCAACAUCUCAAACAUCUCCAACAUCUCAAACAUCUCCAACAUCUCAAACAUUAAGAAAAGAGGACUUAAGACAGUGGCACCUGAGCAACCGGACCCCUCCAGGAUAGAGGUGGUUUCAGUGACGGAGGAAGACCUCCCCACCGUUGAGACCCCCAACACACUGAACGUCAGCCCCCUGGGCAGCUUUGUCACUGUCCUCCAAACGGAGAACAGUUCUGCAAAACCUGAAGACACCCGACCUCCAGCUGCACCCAGCCCCAUCAUGCCCAUCACCAAGGUGCAGCCAUUUAUGCACGGUGAGCCCCUCACACUCUUCAUGUCUCAGCAUGAAGAGGAUGAUCUGGAGCCAGGCUGGAGGAGCAGACUGCUGGCUCACCGGCUGGAGCUGCUGCUCACUGCCGGCCUCGUCCUGCUGCUCACUCUGGCUCUCGCCAUCGGCCUCGGAGUGGGUCUGAGCUGUGUGGGGAAGUUCCGGUGUGGCUCCUCCUCUCAGUGUAUCAGUGCGUGGGCUCAGUGUGACGGACAGCUGCACUGUGACAACGGGGAGGACGAGCUUGGCUGUGUGCGUCUGAGUGGGAGCAGCUCUGUCCUGCAGGUGCAGCGGGGGGGUGUCUGGAGGACGGUGUGCUCCGAGGGCUGGAACAACGUGCUCGGGGUGUCGGCCUGCAGGCAGCUGGGAUACUCCAGGUAUGUGGAGUCCUUCUUCGUGUCUCUGACCUCCAUCGCGCAAGAUCUCCAAGACAACCUGGUGUCCAUCAACCUGAGCCAGGCACAGACCAUUAAGCUCCACAAUGCCACAGCCUUCAGUAAGACUCAGUGCAGCUCAGGGAAGGUGACCACCCUGAAGUGUCUGGAGUGCGGAUCCAGGCCACAGUACAACACCCGUAUCGUGGGGGGGAACAUCUCCAGGCCGGGGCAGUUCCCCUGGCAGGUCAGCCUCCACUUCGUCAGUGAACACCUGUGUGGAGGCUCCAUCAUCACAUCCCGCUGGGUGCUGACUGCGGCACACUGUGUGUACGGGUUUGCAGACCCUUCCAUGUGGGCGGUCCAUGUGGGUCUGACGGAGCAGCCGGUGCAUGGCGCUCAGUCUCUGUCUGUGGAGCAGAUCAUAUACCACGCUCGCUACAGGCCUAAAGGACUGGACUACGACAUUGCACUGAUGAAACUGGCCACGCCACUUGAUUUUAACGGCUUUGUGGAGCCCAUCUGCCUGCCAAACCAUGGGGAGGAGUUUGAGGAGGGCACCAUGUGCUGGAUCUCUGGAUGGGGAGCCACUGAGGAUGAAGGAGAGACCAGUGUGGUUCUGCGUUCCGCCAUGGUGCCGCUGCUCUCCACGAAGACCUGCAACCAGCCGGAGGUUUACCAGGGCUUCAUCUCCUCCUGGAUGCUGUGUGCAGGAUACCUGGAGGGAGGAACCGACUCCUGCCAGGGCGACAGUGGAGGUCCUCUGGCCUGUCAGGACUCUGUAUGGAAGCUGGUUGGUGCAACCAGCUGGGGGAUUGGAUGCGCUAUGAGGAACAAACCGGGCGUUUACACCAGCAUCACACAGUCGCUCAGCUGGAUCCGCCAACAGAUGGAGAGAGAAGAGGCUUCUAACUCUCCAGCUCUGAGCACAGACAACUGAAGCACCAUGUGAUUACUCAGUUUGGAUGAUUCCACAUGACAGGACUACAG